AUGCCUCCUUCUCGAUCAGGACGCGUCUACGGAGGACCACCGUCUAGGAUCGCCGUUCGAAUCGGACCUACCAUUGCCCUAUUGCUGAUUCUCUUCGAGAAUCGUCGCGCGACCUGCUUAAUGAGCAACUCCGUGGACGAUUGGGUGAGCGGCAACGCCGUGGUCUGCAACGGUAUACCUGGCCUGACGAAGGAGCAACGCGAGCUAUGCCACAGAAAUCCGGACGUGACGGUGGCCGCGAUCAAAGGUCUGCAAAUCGCUAUAUCCGAGUGCCAGCAUCAGUUCAUGUGGCACAGGUGGAAUUGUUCGUCCCUGACGCCGAGCAGCAGGACCCAGCAGAGCAGCGUUCUCCUUCAGAGAGGUUACAGAGAGACCGCGUUCGCGUUCGCGAUUUCCGCAGCCGGGGUAGCGCACAGCGUGGCUCGCGCGUGCAGCAUGGGACGGCUGCUCUCCUGCGGAUGCGACCCGUCGAGCUACAAGGGUAAGCCGCCUGCCAAGGCCAGGGGCACCCAAUGGAAGUGGGGCGGCUGCUCGCACAACCUCGACUACGGCAUGGAGUUCUCGAGACAGUUCCUAGACACGCGCGAGAGAGCCGGGGAUAUACAGUCGACGGUCAAUCUCCACAACAAUCAAGCUGGCCGCUUGGCGGUGGCGAGCAACAUGCAAGUGCGCUGCAAGUGCCACGGUAUGUCGGGUUCCUGCGAGCUCAAGACUUGCUGGAAAGUGGCGCCGGACUUCCGAAUAGUCGGGAAAACGCUCAAGGACCGCUUCCGAAGCGCCGUGUUGGUAGCGCAGAGUAAUCUGGGCAGCGUGACCCCGCUGACCAGAGUGAGAGGAUCGCGAAGAAGAAGGCCGGAUCGACAGAGGCAGAGGAAACAUCGCGGUGGUGCGGCCGGUGGAAAUGGCGGAGGACGGAAGAGGAGACCUCGAGAUCUCGCCAAGCAGCUCUUCUACUACCAAAAGUCGCCAAAUUUCUGCGAGAGGGACCCGAGCGCGGAUAUACCCGGCACCGCUGGUCGUAGAUGCAACAAGACCAGUUCCGGUGGAGACGGAUGCAGCAGCCUGUGCUGCGGCAGAGGUUACAACGUCGUGAGACAACGACGCGUGGAGAGGUGCAGCUGCAAGUUUCACUGGUGUUGCUACGUGAAAUGUCAGAACUGCACGGUGGAAGAGUGGAUCACUGUUUGCAAGUGA